AAGCCCUACUUUUUGGAGGCCGUGGGUGCUCACAGCAAGAGACAGUGAGAAGACAGAGAAUCAACGAAUGUCAGAACUGGAUAGUCACCAAAUACAUUUUAGAUCAAAAGGAGCCCUGGGGUUUCAACAUCCUGUAAGACUUUAUUUGCCCAAGUCCAAAUCCCAAAAGUUUCUUCGUAACAUCGGAGAGAAGGUUCUGGCAAGUUUUCCAGUACAAGCUACAAUUCACUUCUACAACGAUGACACCAACUCUGAGGAAGAUGAAGAAGAAUUCAGUUCAGCCUAA